AUGUCUUUAUCUCAAGAAUCUCACAUACAGCUGGUCAUUGCUGUGUAUAAAUCACAAAUAAUUACAUCAAAGAUGAAAGCUGCAAAGAUACAUAAAGUUUCUAAACCUACCUUGCACAAACAACUUGCUGACAUCAGAUCACACCUAGAAACAUAUCCAAUUGAUAACAAAUUGACAGAGAUUGAAGAGAAAACUCUUCUCAAAUUCAUCUAUGUUACUCUUAACAGUAUAUAUACUAUAAUCACUAUAUAUCCUAUCAAUGGGUAA